UCAGCCCAUGGGAGGAGGCCCUGAACCAUUCCAGAGUGUGGUGGCUGGCAGAGGGGCAGGAGUGGUCCCAGGGGCAUCAGGACCAUGGGGACGGGGCGGCGCAGCCAGUCCCUGAGGGGACUGAGGCUCUCUUACGGCAAGCUGCAGGAGCCCUGGGGGAGAGUCCCGGAGAGCCGCCUUCGCCGGGCACUGAGCCUCAGGCAGGGCCGGGAGAAGUCCAGGACCUCAGACAAAGACCCUGAGGGAACUGACCCCCCCAGACAGGAGCGACCGCCGGGGACCCUGGGGGACACGGAGCAGCUCAUCCAAGCUCAGCAAGGAGGCAGCCGGAGGUGGCAGAGACAGUGCCAGAAGGUACGGAGAAGGUGGGACAGCUUCAUCGCCAGCAUCCCCGGCGUGACCCUGAGCCGCCCGGCCUCCCCGGAGCCCCCGAUGGGCACCAGCUGCUAAGGAUACAGGAGGCCUCCCGCUCAGCCCGCCCUCUGGACUCUGAUGCUGACAGUGCUAGGACUUCACCCGGAGGCUGGCUGUUGACUGGAAGGGACACCAUGAAGCCAGACCUAUGGCUGAAGCUCCCGAGGCUGCCUGAGUCCCCCCCCUGCGGUUGCCAGGCAGGCCGGGGUCACCCAGCGACUGUGAGCCCCCAGGGCAAGGACCCCGUCCGGGUGGCCUCUUCCAGCUGGCCCUCUGGGACUUCCCGCCCCAGCCCCCAUCUCCAGGCCUCAGGAUCCCGAUGAAGGAAGCGGGGCACCCUCCCUCCAUCCGCAUGUGACAGAGGGGAAACUGAGGCCCGGUGGCAGAGGGACACCAGGGUGGACACAGGAAUAAAGGUGGUUGGUGCUGAA